CGCUGCUUGCACGCUACGUGCCGAAACGCUGUCUUCGUCGCAGCGAAACAUUUCUGAGAGACAGCCUCAUGUGUGUGUAGAGGGGUGUGUGCGAGCGCGUGUGUGUUUCUCUCCGCUGAACCGUGAGGAAGCUCCGAGAGCCGCGACUUUUCCUCCUCGCACACUCACAUUAAUGAUUAAUGCGCCUUGGGAAGAAGUGACGCGAUGCGCGCGGUUUCGCUUUAUCUGUAACGUUAAACAGCGUGCGCGCGUAUACACACACACACACACACACACCGACGGGUUGUGUCCGUGAUUCACAGUGUGGCUUUUAAAUACACAGCAUUGGAUCGGAAGAAGAAAGGGAUCUAAAGGAAGAAGAAAAAGAGGACAUCCAUGACCCCGGGUUUGCAGUACGACAAUUUCAGGAUGCCGAAUAUAGGAUUUCAAAACCUCCCCCUCAACAUCUACAUCGUGGUCUUCGGAACUGCCAUCUUCGUGUUCAUCCUCAGCCUUCUGUUCUGCUGCUAUCUGAUACGGUUACGACAUCAGGCACACAAGGAGCUGUACGCAUAUAAACAGGUGAUUCAGAAGGAAAAAGUCAAAGAGCUAAAUCUCCAUGAGAUCUGUGCCGUGUGCUUGGAGGAGUUCAAGCAGAAGGACGAGCUGGGGAUCUGCCCGUGCAAACACGCCUUUCACAGGAAGUGCCUCAUCAAGUGGUUGGAGGUGAGGAAGGUGUGUCCGCUGUGUAACAUGCCCGUCUUACAGCUGGCUCAGCAGCAGGGAACCUCGGAGACGACGGUCCUGACGCAGCAACCCCUGCCUGGCGUGGAGAACCUGGUGUAGCCGUGAUGUCCUCCUCUUUUCCUCUUCCUCCUCCUACCUCCACCCUCACUCGCUCUACUGUACAGGUACACAACGACA